AUGGCUCUUCAACGUUCUAAGAGUCUGAUUGGCGCUUGGUUCGAGGCCCAUCUGCCCAAGGAGCAGGCUCCGACGACAACCAUUCGAAGGACGCGCGCAUCGACGUACUGGCCAUACGGCACAGGUGUUACGUGCGUCGUUGGUUCUCACAACAUCCAUGACAUCAUGGUCGUCGACAAUGCUCGCAGUCGGGGAUGUAUCCCCCACAAGCCGGAGCACCAGAAGCUGUUCCCACCUAUGCCUUCUGGCACCGCCCCCAGUGGGACGCUGCAGCGCGCCGGCUCGGCUUCGGCAUUGAUGGGCGGGCAUCAUGAGCUGGUGUGCCGGGCGAAGCGGGAGCUGGCAGAGGAGCGUCAGCGUGAGAGGCUCGCGGCCGAAGCCGCCCAGUUCGGCCCCCCGUACUAA